GUACCCUGACAGACCCAACCGGACCGCGGGAAGGAGCGAGAAAGGCAAGCCGGGCGUGCACGCCUCUUCCGCCCCGAGCCCGGAAGAGUGAUGUGGCUGGGGCUUCGCCGGCCUCACUAUGUCUGCCAUUUUCAACUUUCAGAGUCUGUUGACUGUAAUCUUGCUGCUUAUAUGUACCUGUGCUUAUAUCCGAUCCUUGGCACCCAGCCUCCUGGACAGAAAUAAAACUGGAUUGUUGGGUAUAUUUUGGAAGUGCGCUAGAAUUGGUGAACGGAAGAGUCCUUAUGUUGCAGUAUGCUGUGUUGUGAUGGCCUUCAGCAUCCUCUUCAUACAGUAGCUUGGAAAAAUGUCAGAAUUCAGUUGCCAGCAGAUUUAAAUAUGAAAGAAAGGACUUAUCUGCAGAAAAUAAUGGAAAGGAUGGUUAACCCUUUUAUCUCUCAACAUUGAAUGAGAUAAAUUUCCAGCUACUGUUCUCUAUUUUUGUUAUUGGACCAAUGUUCUAUAUCAAUUAGGAUGUAAGCAUUUAAUACUCAGUGUUUAAAUAUGUAUGUAACAAUCAACCUCAGUACUGUCACUACAAUAUUACAUUCUGCAUAUGUCAUUCUCUUGUGUCAGAUACCAGUUUUUAGUGAGGUAUCUUUAAGGCACAUAGUAGAAAACAAAAUUAAUUACUCAAGUUCCUUUCACUGUGAUUUGGAAAUGAUAAAUCUUCAGAGAAUGAGACCUUUUUUUGGACUAGCUUUUUUUCUGGGGAGAAAAAAAGGUUCAAUUUGUGUUGGUAAGGAUUGCAUUCAUAUUUAAUAAUGCUUGCUUUUCCUCUGGCCACACCAUUUUGAGCAUUAACCAGAGUACCUCUACUCUUAGCAAACUAGUUUAUUACAAGUCUUUAAACUAUUUUUUAAAAGCCUAUGCAGUUCCUUAGGAGGAAAAUAAAUGAGGUGUGACUUAAAAGUAGUAUUGAGAAAAUGUUCCUAUUUAACAUAAAAGAAUUCGGAAUACCUGUGUUAUAGCCUCUGAUACCACUCUUGUUAAGUAUGGAUAAAUGUCUUAAGCAUAAAUAUGAGAAGCUAACUCAUCCUCUAAAUAAGACUAAGACCACAUACUUAGAGUUCAAAAGAGCUAAACAGAACAAUUAUACAAUGAUAAUCCUCUGUGUGUUUUUCAUUCUUUCUUAAAAGGUGUCAAACCUCCACAUUUUAAUUACCCCAGUAUGCAAAGUGUGUUUUUGUUAUUUAAUACAGCACUUUAAAUCUAGUUUAUGUUUUGUCUGUCAGCUUGAUGUGGAAUCUUGUGUAACUUAUUAAGUGGUGAUAAAGAGUUUUCAAAUCUACUUAUCCAUAUACUAUGGCAUAAAUGUCUUUGAGCUUUGAUGAUAAAACCUUCAGUAAUUUUCAUCGAGGCAAGAGAAACACUGGAAAUGUGACAAAUUUUUCAGUAGAGCAGUUAUACAUUUAUGGUUAACAUUUCUUAAGUUUCAACCAAAAUUCAGUUAAAAUUUCAAAGCUAAGAAAACUUAGCUAAAAAUUGCCCACUAUAGCUAGUAUUAAUUAGAUGUUGUUCUCAGCUAUUAAUUCCCCAUAAAGGUAAAAAGAAUAACUGCCCCCACCCUUUUUUAAGAAAAAAAAAUUGUUUAGAACUAUUUAAAAAAUGAGCCUACUGGUAGUUCUGUCUGUAAAAACAAAGUACUUAAAAAGAAUUCUAAGAAAUGCCUAAGAGGGAGUUCCCGUCUUGGCGCAGUGGUUAACGAAUCCGACUAGGAACUGUGGGGUUGCGGGUUCGAUCCCUGCCCUUGCUCAAUGGGUUAACGAUCCGGCGUUGCUGUGAGCUGUGGUAUAGGUUGCAGACGCGGCUCCGAUCCUGCGUUGCUGUGGCUCUGGUGUAGGCUGGCAGCUCCUAGCCUGGGAACCUCCACAUGCCACAGGUGCAGCCCAAGAAAUGGCAAAAAGACAAAAAAGAAAUGUCUAAGAAAAACUUGUUAUGCAUUGCCUGUUUUUUUUGCAGAAGAUGAAAGCUGCUGUAGGCUGUCAAUAUAUUUGUUUAUUAUACAUUUCUGUCUUAUCUAUAGCUGGCUUAAAGUGGUGUAUUUUGCUUUAGAUAGGUAAUCUGGUUAUGCUAAUUGUUCUCCUACUCUGCACUUAUCUCUUGGGCUUUGUAUUAGGUCAAGGAUUUUCAGGGUAUCCCAAAAAUAGGACUCUUAUCAGCAUAUACAUACAAAGUAAGUCACCUUUCUGGGUUUACUUUCUAAGUGGCCAUCUGUUGUCCAAUUCUGCUGCCAACUAAACUUUUCUGAAAGCUAUGUCAAACUGAUUUUUUUAUAUACUAACAAAUCUAAUAUGAAAGAGGGAAGAAAAUUCUAGAUAAUCAGUUCUAGGACAUUUCUUUUAAGUUGGCAUUUCAGAGGAGGUAGGUGGAAAGUAAAGAAUUUCUUUGGAAAAUUGUGGUAACACAUAAAAAUUUUUUUUACUGUGUGUAGAUGAUAAACAGAGUGGGAGGCAGUUUAUUUUGACCCCAGGCAUUCUGACCUUUUGAAACACAAGCUCUUUGGGAGGUGGAGAAAGACACAGGAUUCUCUGAAGAAAAGCAAUUAACAUUUUCUGUAAUAUAUUUUUUUUCCAAAGACAUACCACUGAAUCCUGUUCUCUAACCCAAAGGGCAGCGUAGGUAGUUUUAAGCCCACAGAAUAUUCACAUAUUCCUUUUGUGGUCUUGGCAUGGUGGGAGUGUGCAAAAAAGGAUUGAGGAUCAAUUUAAACAUUAGAUGGACUGCCUCCAUCACGUAGUCUUGUAGCAGGGCCAGAUGGCAAGGUGGACACUAAAGUCCACAACUUGCCAGAUUCAAAUACUCUCCCUAAUCUCCUUCCUGGCUCCAGAAUCUUUUAGUUCCAUCUUCCCUGCAUGUGUUUUGUGCUGAUGUUUAGUUCCUGAUUGGCCUUGCCUGUGCCAAUGGCAGGAGCCUGUCUUCUUGCUAAGCGGUCUUAAAAGAUAGUCAAUCAAAAGGACACACAGUCUGUUGAAUUCCCUCUGUGGCUUAAAAAGUUAAGAUUCAAGCCCAUUAUUUUGUUAAUACCUAUGCUGCUGUGCCAGGCACUAUUAUCCCAGAUGUUCUUAAAAGGUCAAAUUCAAAAUAGCCUUUUUAUAUGCUGGGAAAAGUAGUCAUAUGUAAUGUGGAAUCGACUCCAUCGUGUUAGUAAAAUGUGGAUCAGUCUAGUUCUAACUGGGAACAAAAUAAGAGAUUUUAGAACGUCAAAAGUGCACAGAUCUCUGCAUAGUUUUGUGAAAAAGACCUAGCACUUAUGAAUUGAGUAUUUAUUAUUUUACCUAUUUUCUUUUUUUGGUCACACCCAUGGCAUGUGGAUCAAACCUGCACCACAGCAGUGACUUGAGCUGCUGCAAUGACAACACUGGAUCCUUAACCCACUGCACCACAAGAGAACUCCUAUUUCAGUGUUUUUAGGAGGCAUUUAUAGAGUGGUUUCAGUAUAUUACUACUGAAGAUAGAAAGAUAAGUAUACACUUUUUCCCUUUAGUGCUUCUUAAUAGUGAUGAGACAAAGGAAGUUACUUAUAUGAAGUGCAAUGUAACAGCAUUUAUUAUUGAGCUAACGACAGGAUUCUAGAGGAAAAUAAAAAGAUGACAAUCAGGGAUAUGAACCUCCUUCCAGAGAAGCAGUGCUUCAGCUGAAUUUAAAAGCAACUUACAAAGGCACCAGAGAUAUAUUGUGAAUCAUCAGGAGCUUGUGCUGCUUGGGGAGAACAGUUGAGCCUUGAAGAGCACAAGUUUGACCAGUGCAAAUCCACUUAUAUGUUGGUCUUUUUCAGUGGUGAAUGCUACAGUACUGCAUGAUCCCAAGUUGGUUGAAUCUGUGGAUAUGAACCAUGGUUAUGGAUGGCUGACUAUAGGAUAUAUAGGAUUUUGGAAUGCACAGAUGGUUAGCACCUCUAACUCCUACAUUGCUCAAAGGUCAACUGCCUUAAGAUCUAAGCCUAGAAAAGUGGAGGUUAGAUCCUGGAGGGUCUUUAUUUUUCUCGUUACUAUCUAUUACCUACCUCAGAAUUGAAGGUGAGUAUGUUUCCUCCUGCCUGACCAAAAAAAAAAAAAAAAAAACCUUCAAAAAAAUAAAAUCCUCCCUUGGUGUUUCUGUAAACAAGGUAGAAUAUAUACAUGCCACCCUUAUUUUGGACAAGAAUACAGGAGUAGCCUCUCCAGAGACGCCUGCCUAGCAGAAUAAAGCCAAGGUAACUUACCAGUCCAGUCAAAUAUUUUUAGCAACUCUUAGCUUAUACUCUGUCAAUGCCAAAAGCCGUCAGGAUUGUUAAAGCACACAUGUGCAAAAAAACGAAGGUGGUUGUAAUUUCUACAUUUCCUGAGUGCACAGAAAAGUUUUCAAAUAGAUAAGGAUGUAUACUCCUUCAAAACCUUUGAGAAGUUACUGGAUCACAGGAAGCUGAAAACAAGAAUGGAAGAUUCUUAGAGACUCCUCUUUACUUUCUUUGUUAUCCAAUAACAGCAAAUGUUCAAAAUAUAAACAGCUGAGUAACAGCUGUAUGGUGAAUACUGCACAGCCUUGUUAUUCUUCAUCAGCAAGUUACUACCAGCUUCCAAAAAUAGCUUCAUAAUUAUGUCAUUUAUAUACCACCUUCCAUGGAUUCUUUCACUUUGCUCUAAACCAGUUCCACAAUGGUAAUCUGAAAUGCCACUCAUCAGAAGAAAGAGGAGAGGUAGAAAUAUAUUUCCUAUGGUUUUGAGAGUACAGAGAGUCGUCAUACUCUCUGGCUAGUGCUCAUGUCUUCGGUGCAUAAUAAAGAUCAAAAUGAACUCUCAA